AUGGCCUCCAUGCGGUCGGAGCAUGCCAAGACCGAUCAGGAGCUUGCCAUCAGCAUCAAGAAGGCCACCAACACUGACGAGAUCUCGCCCAAACGCAAGCAUGUGCGCGCAUGCAUCGUGUACACAUGGGAUCACAGAUCAGCCCACGCCUUCUGGUCUGGAAUCAAAGUGCAGCCGAUUCUGGCGGACGAGGUGCAGACUUUCAAGGCCCUGAUUACAAUCCACAAAGUUCUGCAAGAGGGUCAUCCGUCGGCGCUCAAGGAGGCAAUGGCCAACCGCAGUUGGAUUGAUGGUCUGAAUCGUGGCAUGGCCGGCGACGGGCUCCGCGGUUACGGCCCCCUCAUCCGAGAAUACGUAUUCUACUUGCUGGCCAAGCUCUCCUUUCACCAGCAGCAUAUUGAAUUCAACGGAACAUUCGAAUACGAAGAGUAUCUGAGCUUGAAAGCCAUCAACGACCCGAAUGAGGGUUACGAGACGAUCACAGACCUCAUGAUUCUACAAGACAAGAUUGAACAGUUUCAAAAGUUGAUUUUCUCCCACUUCAGGAACGUGGGCAACAACGAGUGCCGGAUCUCUGCCCUGGUACCGCUGGUGCAGGAAAGCUAUGGAAUUUACAAGUUCAUCACGAGCAUGAUGAGAGCCAUGCACUCCAUCACGGGAGAUGACGAGGCUUUACAGCCUCUGCGUCAGCGUUACGAUGCGCAACAUUACCGGCUCAUCAAGUUCUACUACGAAUGCUCCAACCUGCGCUACCUCACCAGUCUCAUCACGAUCCCCAAGCUCCCCCAAGACCCGCCGAACCUCCUCACCGAGGGCGGCGACGCGCCCGCCCUACCCUCUCGGCCGAAACAAGAGAUUGAACGUCAGAUAACGCCACCGAAGGAGCCGAAGUCGGAAGAGCCCGGGGAAAUCUCGGAGUUUUGGAAGAGCGAGCUCGACCGUCAGAACCGAGACUACGAGGAGCAGCAGCGGGUUCUCGAAGAGCGACAGGCAGCAGCCUUGCUGGCACAGCAGCAGGCGCAGAUGCAGGCGCAGCGCGAUUUCGAGGAGCAGCAGCGACGGCUGGCAGAACAGCAGAAGCGGGAUCAGGAGGCGCUCCUGGCACAGCAGUCGCAGUGGCAGACGCAAGGCCGACUCGCCGAGCUGGAGCAGGAGAACUUUAACGCGCGGGCCCAGUACGAGCGAGACCAGCUGAUGCUGCAACAGUACGACCAACGCGUCAAGGCGCUCGAGGGGGAGCUGGGACAGAUUCAAAACAGCCUGGGCCAACAGAUCACGAGCAAGGAUGACCAGAUCCGGGCGCUGCAGGAGCAGGUCAACACGUGGAGGACGAAGUACGAGUCGCUGGCCAAGCUGUAUUCCCAGCUGCGUCACGAGCACCUCGACCUCUUGCAGAAGUUCAAAACGGUGCAGCUCAAGGCUUCGAGCGCGCAGGAGGCGAUCGACAAGCGGGAGAAGCUCGAGCGGGAGAUCAAGACGAAGAACCUCGAGCUCGCCGACAUGAUACGCGAGAGGGAUCGUGCCCUCCACGACAAGGACCGAGUGCAUGGCAGCAACAAGGACGAGGUCGAGAGGCUCAAGCGCGAGCUCCGGAUGGCGCAGGACAAGGCCGACAACCUCGAACGGAGCAAGGGCAACGAGCUGUCGACGAUGCUGGCCAAGUACAACCGGGAGAUGAGCGACCUCGAGGAAGCACUGCGCAACAAGUCGAAAGCCCUCGAGGAGGCGCAGUCGUCGCUCAGGGACGGCAGCUCCGACCUGGAGAAGCUACUCAGGGACAAGGAGUACGAGCUGGAAGUGUACAAGACGGGGAUGGACGAGACGCUGCUCAAGCUGAACGAGCUCGAGCAAAACCAGAACGAUUCGGGGCACGCGCUAGAUGGGCAGAUUGACGCGCUCAUCCUGUCGAACCUGGACAAGCUCAACGACGUGAUCGAUUCCGUCCUCCAGGCCGGCGUUUCGAGAGUGGACGAUGCCCUGUACGAGCUCGACUCGUCGAUGCAGGCGGGCAACCAGAACGCGUCGCCGACGUACGUGCUGUCGCAGAUCGAGAAGGCGUCGGCGAGCGCCAUGGAGUUUGCGACGUCGUUCAACAACUUCAUCGCCGACGGGCCGAAUAGCACGCACGGAGACCUCAUCAAGGCGAUCAACGUGUUCUCGGGCGCCAUCGCCGACGUCUGUAGCAACACUAAGGGUCUGACAAGGCUCGCGACGGACGAGAAGAAGACGGACGGGCUGAUGAACGGCGCGCGGCAGUCGGCGCAGUCGACGCUCCAGUUCUUCCGCGGCCUCCAGAGCUUUCGGCUCGAGGGCAUGGAGCCGCUGCAGAAGACGGACGUGGUGAUUAACAACAACAACGACGUGCAAAUCAACUUGCAGAAGCUGAACAAGCUGGUUGAAGCCUUCGCUCCGGGCUUCGGCAAGCUGGCCAACAACAAGGGAGACUUGGGCGACCUCGUCGACUCGGAGCUGAGCAAGGCGGCCGACGCCAUCGCGGCGGCGGCGGCGCGGCUGGCGAAGCUCCGGAACAAGCCUCGGGACGGAUACUCGACGUACGAGGUCAAGGUGCACGACUCGAUCCUGGACGCGGCGACGGCCAUCACGAACGCCAUCGGGCAGCUGAUCAAGGCGGCAUCGGCGACGCAGCAGGAGAUUGUGCAGGCUGGACGCGGGUCCUCGUCCCGGACGGCCUUUUACAAGAAGAACAACCGGUGGACGGAGGGCCUGAUCUCGGCGGCCAAGGCGGUCGCAUCGUCGACCAACACGCUGAUCGAGACGGCCGACGGGGUCCUCUCUCGGCGAAACAGCCCCGAGCAGCUCAUCGUAGCGUCCAACGACGUGGCGGCGUCGACGGCCCAGCUCGUCGCCGCGAGCAGGGUCAAGGCGGGCUUCAUGUCGAAGAGCCAGGAGAAGCUGGAGCAGGCGAGCAAGGCGGUGGGGGCGGCAUGCAGGGCGCUCGUGCGGCAGGUGCAGAGCCUGAUCAAGGAGCGCAGCCAGGACGAGGACGCGGUGGACUACACGAAGCUCGGCGCGCACGAGUUCAAGGUGCGCGAGAUGGAGCAGCAGGUCGAGAUACUCCAACUGGAAAACGCGCUUUCCUCGGCGCGCCAUCGGCUGGGCGAGAUGCGCAAGAUUUCGUACCAAGAGGAGUAG